CUCCAUCAAGCAUGUUGGUGAAAGACGAAUACGUUCACGACUACGAGGGGCAGCCGUCGUUGUCUUCGGCCGAGGGCCAUUCAGUCCAAACCAUCCAGCACCCACCGAGUAACCGGGCCUCGACGGAGCCUUACAGCACCCCAGCCAUGUUAGCUCCUACCGAGGCCAGCACCACCAGCACCACUAAUUUUCCCAACAUUCCUGUGGCUUCAACAAGUCAAGCGACCAGUAUAUUGACAGGUAGCCAUAGUGAUGGACUCUUACAGAUUGCUUCAGGGCCUCAGCCAGGAGCUCAGCAGAAUGGGUUUACAGCUCAGCCAGCUACUUACCAUCACAACAGUACAACAACUUGGACUGGAAGUCGGACGGCAGCCUACACGCCUACCAUACCUCACCACCAGAACGGCCACCUUCAGCAUCACCCACCUAUGCACCCUGGACAUUACU